AUGCGGCUAUUUUGUCUCUUGAUCAUAUCUUGCUCCAUUUGGGGUGCUUCGGCCAGCGUUAAUUAUGAAGACGCGCCUUUCGAGGGUGCUACACGAAACAUGCAUUUGACCGGACCACCUUCAGCUCCGGUUCAACGACACGAAGAGCUGAAGAAGCGGCAAGCAAGUGGGUCGAACCAGGUUAUAUCUGUCUCUCCGACACAAGGGUGUCCUCCUAUCGAUGCCCAACCCUUGACAAGUGAAACUACGGGUCCAAACGGGUCCAUCUUCUUUCUCAACUGCGGGAUAUCCACUAAAGACAAGACGCGGGGUCAAUGGAGACCACCAAACGUUCGAGUCUCCGACCUGGUCAUUGGCGCAGACUUUUCCUCCGCCGCUGCGCUAUCGAAAGGAAUAUUCAAGCCAUGCGCACCAUACUUUGACGCAUUUGUUAACGCAAGUGCGGCGAUUGGUAUACCACCUGCGCUGAUGGCUGCGUUUGCGAUGCAAGAAUCCACAUGCAAUCCGGGUGCAACUGGAUCUGGGGGUACAGCAGGACUGCUACAACUAUCCCCAGAUAAAUGCACUCACGACAACUGUUAUGAUCCGUAUACGAAUAUACGCAUAGGUGGUGCUUAUCUUCAGCAACUUCUUCAAGAGAAUCAGUCAAUAGUUUUGGCUGUAGGACGCUGGAAUGGAUGGUUCAGCGGAAUGACAUACUCUGAUGCCACGGCUGCAAGAAACACGGAUUGCUAUUCACAGCGAAACUUGGACUAUUUGCAUCAGUACUUUAAUGGCUGGCUCCAAGGGGUCGAUUCGUAUGGGCAAUAUGGUGUGAACCCACGCCUUGGAUUUUACUUCAAUCUGGAUGUCUGUGGCCAUGGGUCUUCUGGCGGCUCCGGCGCUGGACGCUUGGCUCCGAAGUUGCUCAUAUGUCUACUGGCACUCAGCGUCUCCUAUUUAAUUGCGCCUGCCAUGAAUAUCUUACUAGGGCAAGUACCAACGGAGAUAUGGCUUCACAUAUUUCAUCCCUUGGUUCAUAUCAGCAUAUUGCCCAACGAAAGCGACACCAUUUUACAACAAUUAGCACUAUUCACCUUUCGAUCCGCGCCUUGGAAUCCAAUCGCAGCUCGAGAUGCGCAGAGAACAAAUCUGUCACUCGUAUGUCGACAUUUCUAUCAAAUACUUCGGCAAGAAAUGCCGCACGUAGCUGUCGUGAAUCGGAUGGCGAGGCUAGAGAAAUACAGGUCUCAUGACCUGGUACAAUCUCAUCGGCUCGAACUCAUGCGGAGCGUUGACCUCAUUUCGAGACAUCCCCUAUGGCUUUCGUGGGAUUGGCCUGAACUCCAAGUCAUGGUUGGAAAGUGGACUGACGACGACGCUCGUAUCAUUUUAGACCAUACACCCAACCUCAAGGUUCUUGAAUUCAAUCUCUCUUACUGUCGGCCGGAUGAAAUCACCGAACUAUCCGUUCUACAUCACCCAGUUGUCCAUCAGUUGACUCACCUAUCGAUCAAAUGCCUCAUCGACACCCCUCAGCAGACCAUUCACUUACCAUAUCUUCGAUUCUUAUCCUUGGACGUCUCGUAUGGCCACAUAAAGGGUGUGGAAAAUAUGGGGACGACGCUCCUUCCGUGGACGUUUCCUCGUCUUCGGUCCCUCGUUAUUCGUGGUACCAUUGGUGUCUCAACAAGAGAUGCUUUAACCCCGUUCUUCGACGCGCAUUCGUCGUCUGUCACACGAUUGAUCGACGAAGCUAGAGUCUCCCAAGGAACGCGAAACAUCCCCACUGAAAUCAUCAGUCACUUUCCGUCUCUGUGUGUCUAUGGUGUAGAUUUGCCGACCUUUGUCAGCGGAACCUUGCCAGCAAAUAUACAGCCAUCACCUACAGCCCGUCCCUUGACGGUCAUACCCCUACAAGUACAAACUGCAUUGUCGUGGUGGGACACCAGUGCGACGUUGGCGGUUUUGAAACGAUUGAUGAAAUACGUCAAAUCAGAGGGGACUUAUAUCCCAAAAAUGAUCAUGCUCGGCGAGAGAUGGGAGGAUAUCGACACAUGGCUUCAGCGGACCCUGCCUGAACGCAUCGAACUUUUCCUCAAGAUGCUCGUAGGCUUUGAUUCGCCCGGAGUGUCCGGUCGUUGA